UCUCUCGCGCUUGUCAUUAGCGACAGUUUUAAUAAUUCGACCGCGCUUUAGGAAUUGUCUUUCAUCGGAAGACAGAUCUUAGUUAACAAUACACACAUACCUCAUCGGUACUAAGGCAGCUCCACAACUUCGCACCCCUCGCGCAUCAUGGCGGGUUAUAACCCGCCGGGUGGCAGCGAUGCAAACGGCUUACACGCAAUGCUUCUUCGUUUGCAAGCUCAGCGCAACGCGCAGAAAAGUGAUGAUUCUUCCAAUGCCGCUAAUGAGCUCCUUUCACGGUUUUCGUCAUACAAUCAAGGCAUAGACUCCCAGGAUUACUACAGUCAUAGCCAUUCUGCUACAGAAUCUCCUCUGAUAGGUCUGGACGAAUUUCCUCCGCCUGCUCCGACACCCCCCAGUAACUCGAGCAACUUUGGGCAUUCGCACCAUCCUACUGGGCCAAUGGGUCUGGGCUCAAUUGGCACCAUGCCCUCAAACGCUCCUAGCAAAGCCGACCAGAGCUCACACCUCUUGAACCUCCUCAAGUUCAGCGGACAGAACGCUCAAUCAGUAUCGCAAACCUCGCCGCCUGGUCACACACAAGCGCAAGCGCCCUCGUUCGACAUGUCCUCAAGUAUAACUCAGUCCAACAACCCACCGCCUAUUCACGCUCCAGUGCCGAUGCCUGCUGAUCCCCAGGGUCUUCUGGCUACUCUUAUGAAGGGAAACAUGCAGAAUGAGUCUUCGCGAGUAGAACCCCAGGCUCCCUCCCAGCCAACCUGGAACGCAGGUCCACCUUCGAUGGACACUCAGGCGUACCUUCUCAACUUGCUACAUAGACCGAAGCCUGCGCAGAAUGAUCAACCGCCAUCUGUAAACGAAUCGUCCCAACCUCCGUCACUGACCCCCCAAUCAGCCAAUGGCUCUUCUGUCGACCACCUUAAGGAGUAUACCCCUAUCAAGCAGGGGUAUUCCGAUGCUGGCUCUCAUGAUACAACGCCAAUGCCUUUUAGAUUCGGAUCAAAGGAGCACGCCGAAUCCCCUACAACUAAAUUUGAAUAUCAUUCUCCGGCAUCCCAGUUUUCUCAGCUAUCUCAACACGAGGGUAGUCGCAAGUCUUCCAGAUUUGAUUAUAAUUCGUUUGAGGGGGUCGGUGCCCUUUCGCACCAGAACACUGCGUCCAAGUCUUCAACACCGAAUGCGCCGAUUCACGCCGGUCAGAUGCCAACCGAGCUUCCCGCGCCGACCGCUUUCAAGGCUGCUAAGAAGACCCCUAGUGUUGCUUCUUCUUCUGGAGCUGUUCAGGACCAUAAGAGACUUGGCAGUCAGCGAAGCCCAAUUACGAGCCCAGAACGUAUCAGGCGAAAGCUUGACACUUCUCCUCACUCUAUCACCGAACGGGAAGCUACCUAUCCUGGCUUCUCACCUACUGGGGAGAAAAAUACAGAGACUGUGUCGGAAGCAAUUACCGGCCUUGCUGAACAAGUGGACAAGGAAGCUCAAGAAGCAAUAGAGAGGGCUGAAACCGAAGAGGUACAAGCUAAGAUCGCCGCUGAAUUUCAACACAUGAUGAGGGCAAAAACUGAUGCUGAAUUUCAGGAUCUGGCCGAGGCAGCAGCAAAGGACAUCCAGAGAGAACUUAACAAGGAAGAGAAUUCCCAUGUGCUUGAGGAUGCAUACUCGCUAGGGGUUGCGCAAGCGAUUCGUGAUAUUGUCGAGGAUGCUGCUCACGGCCCGGUUGCCGACAGCUGGGAAAGCGCCGAAGCUGACGAGAUCGUCGUGAUUGAAGAGACUCCGAAUCCCGUAAAGGUCUACAAUUUCCCCAUGAAGCCAUGGAUUUCAAUCACGAUGCAGGAGACCGAAGAGACUCGUCCUCAAUUCCGCGACGAGGUCAUUCUUGAUAUUGCACGUCUAAAGAAGGAAUUUGACCAAAUCGAUCGGAACCUUGUCACUGCUACGGAAUCGUACAUGGUUUACGGCAUGUCCAAGGCUGGUGGGCUUCGUGUAAUACGACAGGAUGACGGUAAGGACGCUAAACUGUUCACUGACACGAAAGACCGGAUCUUCAAUGUAGCUAUGUCGUCUACUCCAUCUGAUCUCCACUUCGCGCCAAAGGAGUCUAUUAUUGGCACUGGCAUUAGUGGAACCGUAUAUUACAUUGAAAUAAAAAACGGCGAAAAGGACCAUUUAGAGGAUGCUCAUCCAGAACAGUACGGGUUUAUCCUCCCCCCGCUUGUCAUAUCUCAAGAGGGAGGUGGUGACAAUGGAGGUGUUCUGAAGACUAGGGCAAGGACCUCGUCUACUCACCCAGAAUUCUUCGCUGUCGGUCGUGGAAAGACGAUCAACGUCAUCUGGCCAUCGUAUAUCAUGACAAACGGUAUUUUCAAAUCUGGCCAUGAUCGCGUUGUUGAUACCGAGAAGCUCUAUAGAGAGUGCUCCCUCAGAAUCAGCACAGGCAAGGCGGGUAAGGACUUCACCUUUAGUCAAGACGAUACUACUAUUGUAUCCCUUGACAAGUCCGGCCGUGUCAAGUUCUGGGACGUGCGAGAUUUAACAACAGCCGAUGAGAAUUCCGACCCUUGGUCUCCCAUGCCUGCUCAUAUUUCCCUCGAGGUCAAGGAGCCACUUAUGACCCUGAAUACUACCCCUGAAGGCGAGAAGGCAUGGCCGACUUCUGUGUUACUGCUGGAUAAGCAACGGCCUUACCAGAAGGGAUGGGCACUGCGCUACAUGAUUGUGGGCAUGAAGCAAAACCAUACGCUUCAACUUUGGGACCUCGCCCUAGGCAAACCCGUGCAGGAAUUCAAUCUGCCUCAUGCCAAAGAGUCGGAUCCGGUAUGUAGCGUUAUGUAUCACCCUCCCUCAGGCAUGAUCGUAGUCGGCCAUCCGACACGUAACUCGAUCUAUUUCCUUCACCUGUCAGCACCAAAAUACACGAUCAAGGGUCUGUCUCAGGUUGACUACAUUCAGAAGUUGGUAGCAAAGGAUCCGUCAAUCCCAGAGCCCGAUUCGACCGCUGUUAUUAGUGGCAUACGCGAGUAUUCAUUUGCCAACAAAGGUGUGCUUCGCAGCCUCGACAUAUUAACCAAUCCUGCCACUUCUCCCGAUAACGAUGAGCAAAGUCUCUUUGAGCUAUAUGCGAUGCAUUCGAAGGGUGUCACUGGAAUUGUUGUAAAGCAGAGUGAACUCGGGUGGUCUAAGGAUAAUAAGGUUAUCGACGGUCUCGAUGCUGCCGAAGCCGGCCUGGUUAAGAUUACAAAGUUGAAAGAGUUACCCAGCGCUUUGGUCUCUGAGCCUCAGCCAACAGAAGAGCAUAGUAUCCCUCUUCGAAUUCGGCCUAUGAAAGAGACGCCCCCGCCACAAUAUUCAACAGUUUCUUCCGCGCAAGAUUUAUCUCAAAAGAGUAGUGAUAACCAGUCCCUCACUAGACAAUCCGAGCAGAAAGAGAGCGUGGCUCCAGUCACGCCUGCUAGCCAACUAGAAAAGAGCGAGAAGAAGGCUCGGAAGAAGCGAGACAAAGCUGCCGCUGUUGCUGAAAAGUUGGCUACAGAGAAUACACAACUAAACGGUAGCUCGCAGUCACGAACUGACUCGACUCCCUCGAAGCACUCAGAGAAGUCCACUAUGUCUUCACCCCAACCUCUUAUAUCGCAAGAAGCUAUUCAGUCAACCGUCAAACAGAUAGUAUCUGGCCUUGGCGACAAGCUGACUGGAGUUAUCAAUAGCGAGUUCAAAGAUCACCGGGAAAAUGUUGACAACGAAUUCCGGGCUCGCGACGACAAGUUUACCAAGAAUCAGCACCUCUUACUUGAGAAAGUGUCCAAUGUGCUGAACGCAAACGUUCAGGCUGUGCUUACUAAAACUAUCAGUGAUCAGUUUGAGAGCGAUGUGGUGCCUGUUUUAAGUACUCUGAUCACGAAGACAAUUUCGGAACAGAUUGAUGGUAAGAUGAUCGGUCGAGUUUCGCAUUCUAUUCAAAACCAGAUGCAAAAGCUUCUUCCGAAUGCUGUUAAUCAGUCUCUCCAAAAGCCCGAGUUAUCCAAAUCUAUUUCCGACAAGGUCGCCAGCAGUGUAGCGCUUGAUCUAGAGAACUUCCGCCAGUCAUUCGUGGCUACUAUCACUCCUCUCAUCAACGAUACAGCAGUGACAGCUUCUCGUUCGAUCGUGCAAGAAGUGCAAGAUCGAACUGCAGAGCAGAUAGCACAGCUCGAACAGCGACACAUUGCCGACAGUAAUAAGAUUGACCAGCUCACAGCACUGGUAACUAGUCUUUCUGACACGGUCACCGCCAUGGCCGCUACACAGGCGCAGUUUCAAGAUAGCCUUCUAAAAAUGCAGCAGCAGAACCCCCGUGAGCAUGGCUCUAACACACAGCACCAACCACCCCAGGCUCACUACGCCCAGUCUCUGCAGUCACAGUCAUUUUUGCAUGGAAGUCCGACGGCGAACACUUCUCUUCCGAUGGUACCGUUCGCAUCGAACAACUCUAGCGUUAGAGAGCCGCCGAAUGCUAGGGAUCCCGAGCUUCAACACAUGAUUGCCAACGUCGCAGCUCUCAUGGAAAGAGGUGAAUACGAGACUGGAUUGGUCCGAUGGAUUCAGCAAGGCCGCCAUCCAGAAGUCUUCAACGAAUACCUUGUCAAGCUGGAUCCUCAGUUUCUUCGAGAGUUGCCAGCUCUAGUUUCACUCUCUGUGGCAUCCGUCAUUGCCGAACAACUCGACGGCCCCCUCCUUCGGGAGAAAAUCAACUGGGUGGAAGCAGUCAUUCGUAUACUACAUGCAUCACUCCCACACAUAGUUAGUGACCAGCCUCAUUCCAAACAUAACAACUCUAAACAGAAUUCCAUACAGGACCCUCAGGUUCGCGAUGUAGUCCCGAAUCUCAUGCGCUCCUAUCUCGACCGAUUCGACAAGCUGUACAUUCAGAUCAGCAGCCGAUCCCCAUCAGAUCCCAUUCUAGGGCGACUCUCUACGAUGACUACUAUGGCAAGACAAGUCAGAGACUCUAUAGCCCUCCACCGGCUUGGUUAUUAGAAUAGAGGCCAAAUCUUCUGUUACAACCCCGCGGGGAUUGCAUAUUCAUGAGGGAUGGUAAACACGUUAAUUAACUUGGAAUUGGUCCGUCUAUGCCGUUUGUACGAGGAUUAUGAGCUUUUUGCUGAUUAUUUCUAGGUAGUUCGGCGGUUUCUAUUCUCACCCAUAUGGCAAUUCGAGUGUGUUCUCAUCGUUGAGUUACUAUCGGGUCACCACUUAGGGGUUUUUUUUAAUUCUCAAGUGCGGAUCAUUAGGCGUUCCGAGUCUUGGAGGGGAGUCCUUCGUAUGAAAGAUGCUUCACUUGAGUAUCAUGAUUGAUGAACGACAUCAACUAGUCAGACA